UAGUGACUUUCUUUACAGUGUCUGUCAGAUCUGUGUGUGCUGCUCCUGCCUCCUCUCUCCCUCUCUCUCUCUCUUGCUCCCUUUCUCUUUCUUUCUCCAUUCAUCUCCACUCUGUGUGUGAGAUAACGUCUGACUCCGAGACUAUUUUCAGGAGCUCCAAAAGCAUUCAGUGAGUUUCAUUCAGAAGGCUGAAGUCAUCAUGAAGUUUGAUCUGCUGCUGCUGUUUGCCCUGGUUGGGUCUUUUUGUAUCAUUACACAUGCAAGUACUCUUGUGGUACCCACAGAAGCGGACCUGGCACAAGACACAGGGGCUUCAGUGGGCACUGAGGCAUUUCGAAAAGUAAAUGAGGAGGAGGAUGCUCCAAAUGGAGCUGUCACAGAAACAUCCACAACAACUACUACUGAAGCUACUGGGCAGGAAACAGAGGCAACAUCAGCUCACACUGAAGUUCCUGUGGAGACCACAGAGACACCAUCAGUUCCUACUGUAGCUCAUGAAGAGCGCACAGAGGCGCCGGUACAGUCCACCAUUGCUCCUUCUGAAGAAACAGAAACGUCAGUAGGAGUUACAGAAGCUCCAGCAGAAAAAGAAAUAGGAUCGACACCGGCAGCCACAGAAGGUGCACCUGAAGUUAACGAGGCAUCCAAUAAAGAUGGCCUUACUGUAACAGAGAUGGCAGACAAAGCUGAAGGAACAGAAUUAAUGUCAGUGUCAGCGGUUGACCCUGUGAGUGAAACAGAGAGAGGCGACGUGGAAGUGGAGGACUCAGAGGGGAUGAGCACAGGUCACGUGGUGGGUAUUGUGUUUGGUGCCCUGGUCGCUGUGGUCAUCAUCAUUGCAGUUAUAGUCGUGGUGGUCAGGAGGAUGGGCCAAUACUCCCCUUGAAAAGGAAGGUGGCGCGACAGGAAGGAAAGAAAAAGAUGAAGAGGACGAAAAAAAAAAGAAGUUCUACAAAUUUUGAACUAGUGAAGAGAUGUAAUUUCCUGUCAUUAGAUAAGCAGGCUAGGAGCACUCUAACCAUCCAAGACCAUUAGGGCAGCAUCCUGCCUACCUUCAAUCCUACAGCCAUUGAUAUGGACGCUCUGCCUUUCCUUAACAACCACCAUGUACCCUCCAGCUUCACCCGUUUCCCAAAUUCCCCAUGACCCCCAUCACUGCUAAAAAUUAAGACAGGAAAGAAAGGAAGAGGGAGAAUUUGAAUGUCACAUAAACAGUAGUUAACACAGUAGUUAUAGGUUGUCAGGAGGACAUGAGCAAAAACAUUAAUGACCAAUAAAUACAAAAAUGACAAAAUACAAAAAAAAAAUUAAUAAUAAUAAUAUAUACACACUAUAUAUAUAUAUAUAUAUAUAUAUAUAUAUAUAUAUAUAUAUAUAUAUAUAUAGGUUGAGAUGAGGUAGCGUACAGAAAUGCCUAAUAGUACAAGGUGUAAAUAACAAAAUAACACAAAGUUUGUCAACCUUAACUUUCUUUUUUUUUUUGCAUUCUAUGUAUCGAAAUCAUGCAUGCACACACACUAGCAGUCCUUGAGUCCGGACAUUCAGGUCUAUGAACCACGACAACAUCACAGUCCUGCAAUAGUAUGACGCAUAAAAGGCAUCUUAUAACCAGAUUAUAGACAGUUUAUAAAGAGACUGUUUCCUGUUGUAAGCUGUUCCAAGCAGAUCAGAUGUCAGGACAAAUUAGGCCUGGAUGGUAUCUUAAAUUUUUUUUUAUGUAACUAGUAGCUAUAAUCCUGGCAUAUAAAAUGUUGACAGAACAUUAACAGAAAAGCAAGCUGUGAUGUUUGACGCUUGCGGUUCAUUAAUGUGAAUUUGAAUCGACGGGGUUGUUUUUUAACAGCAUUCCUGUUAGAAAUAAUCAUAUCAUAUUUAAAUUGUUCCACAGCCUCAUAUCACUGUGUGAGUCCUACUCAGAGUUGUGCAACCAAAGUAUUUUUUAGAAAUUUUGUUCUAGCUGGAAAAGCUUCGUGAGACUUGUUCUCAUAAGCAUUUUACAUCACGUGGCCUGGCUACCAGACUUGGGUGUUAACCUCAGGUUCACUGGACGAGAAGUGGCUGUUUUUGCAGCGUAAUUAAAGGGGUGUGUGUUAUGCUGUGCUUGCUUUAAUACAUGCACUGAAUGACAAAUGAUGUUUCAUACAAAAGGGUUUUAGACACUGCAACUAUUUGCGACGAUGCCUUUUUUAAUGCUUAGUCUAUAUGCCAGGUCCUCACUUUACUGUCUGCUGUCCAAGUCCUUUUAUUUAAUUGCAGUGUUGUUGUUGUUGUUGUUGUUUUUUUUUCUUUUCAUUUUGGAUGUUCAUAUUGUUUCAAUA